AUGCCCGCCACCCUAGUCGUCGGCGGCCUCCCCGUCACCGUCUACGGCCUCGACCACCUCACCCGACCGCAACCGGGACAAACCGCGACCAAGCCCGUCGCCGUCGCCUUCCUCCUCCACGGCCGCGGCCAGCGCUCCGACGACAAGCUCAUGGUUCGCUUCGCCGACCGCCUCGUCCAGUACUCGCACGACCAGGCCACCACCGUCAAGGACCUCGUCGUCGUCACCUUUGACCAGCGCAACCACGGCCACCGCCUCGUCGCAAAGGACCGCCAGCUCGGCUGGCUCGAGGGCGGCAAGCGCCGUCACCAGGAGCGCCUCGACGCCGGCCUCGAGCCCCACGACCUCGACAACCCGUCGCACGCGGCCGACAUGAUGGCCAUGCAGGUCGGUACCGCGAGGGACGUCUCGUUCCUCGUCGACUUUCUCCCCGCCGCCUUGUUCCCCAACGACGAGCGCACCGUCGCCGACUGGUACUGCGCCGGCAUCUCGCUCGGCGGACACGCAACCUGGCUCGCUCUCGCACACGACCCACGCAUCUCGCUCGGCGUCCCCAUCAUCGGCUCCCCCUCGACCCACAUCCUCCUCUCGCACCGCGCGUCCAACCUCCCACCCCCAGCCGGCCCACUCCCGCUCGCGCCGCCUUACUUCCCCGCGUCGCUCGUCGCCCUCUUUGCGCGCGAGGACCCGGCCAACGUCGAGCUCGAGCGGUGGGACGGCCGCAGCGUGCUCGUCCUCAGCGGCGAGGACGACCAGCUCGUCAACUAUGUGCACGGCGGGACCGAGGCGUUUGUCGCCCGGCUCGAGAACGAGGCAAAAAGGUGCAAGGUCGAGGCGUGGGUCCAGCCAAAGACCGGCCACGCCUGCACGCCCGAGAUGAUCGAGCGCACGUGCGAGUUCAUCUGCCGCGAGGGCCUCGCAGCGCCGGUGGCGGCGAGUGCUCGAGGAGGGAUCGAGGCGGCCCAGGGCGCGCCGGCGGCGGCGGCCACGGCGGCGAGGGGCAAGAUGUAG